AGCCCUCGUCCGCCACCCGAGUGACUCAGGGUUCAGUUGUCAAACCAAUUCUACCCUUUUUAUAUGCGUUCGGGGGUCGUUGUAAUGGCGACUUUAUUUUGACCUGUUACCGACACGGUCUGACCUACGACACUUGAUCCGCGGUCGGGUGGUCCCGGAUGGGUCUGGGCCAGUCGGCUGGGUCAGCUGGUCCUGGAUGGGUCUGGGCCGGUCCAGGGUCGGCUCGGUCAGGUUUUCCGCUGUGUAUGGUGGUCCCCGCUUUGCUGGAUAUCCAAAGUUCCAACACUGGUUUAAUGUUUACCUGCAUUUUGGAAAGGUGUCGUCGGGAUGUACAUUGUUCGUGCGGGACAAAACAGUCAGUAAUAUGACAACCAACCCUUACAGAACAAGAUCUAACGCCGUGUCAAGAACUGAAGUGUGACGAUGGGUGGGGCGGGUCACGGGGACUCUGUCGGAGCCUGUUUGUGUCCGAGACGGUCUGUCUGACAUGGGGUCCGAUAUGGCUGCCAGGCGGAUUGUUAGAGGUCGUGUGUGUGUGUGUGUGUGUGUGUGUGUGUGUGUGUGUGUGUGUGUUGGACGUAGAGACCAGUGUUGUGUUGUUGCUGCCGAGUUGUGUGUCACUGGAGCAGGAGCCCACAGCAACUCUAAAGUUCAGCCUGAAUUAAUUCAAUUCCCUUGGAACUCCCACUGACCCAAAGAACAAGUUAGUGAUUCAGGAACAUAUUUAAUCACUCCAGACGAACAGCCAGUUAACAAAAUGCAGUUGUCUUAACUAAUUGCAAAAGCUUUAUUCACAUUUAAAGUAUGUGUAUUUAUAUAGGCCUAUAUAUAUAUUUUUUUUUUAUAUAUAUAUCUUUAUCUUAUUAUCCUCGACGGCCAUAUUGCGUCAACAUUCAGACACACUGCGCUAUAGCAACAGUUCAACCAGGGGGAAACGAAACAUUUCGAGAUCCAGAAGACAAAAGGAUGGCGUUUGAUGUAGGACAGGGCAUCUAGGAGAGAGAUAAUAAAAAAAAUAGGGUAGGGUUACCCUAUUUGGUGAAUCAAUCUUAAAAAGGUGGGUGUAGAGGGCCUGUUUACAUGAAGGGAGUGUGUUGGAGUCUGGAGAUGACGCUCCUGGUUCCAUCUUCCUCUGUAGGCCGGCUCCACACAGCCGCCAUGGAAGACCUAGAGGAGGACCUCACGUGCUCCGUGUGCUACUCCCUGUUCUGUGACCCCCGGGUUCUUCCCUGUUCCCACACCUUCUGCAAGGCCUGCCUGGACCGCGUUCUGCUGUCUUCCGUCAACUACUCCGUGUGGCGGCCCCGUCCCCUGAAAUGCCCGAACUGCCGCAGCCUGGUGGAGCUGGCGCCCCCCGGGGUGGAGGCCCUGCCCGUCAACGUCUCACUCCGAGCCAUCGUGGAGAAAUACCAGAAGGAGCGGCCCCCUGCCCCCUCCUGCUGCCCGGAGCACCCGCGGGAGCCCCUCAACGUGUACUGCGUCCAGGACCGCCAGCCCGUCUGCGGCCUGUGUCUGACGGUGGGCCGGCACCGGGACCACGCCAUCGACGACCUGCACGCCGCCUUCCUCCGGGAGCGCCAGACGCUGGGCCAGCUGCUGGCCGCGCUGUCGGAGCAGCGCCUCGCCCAGGUGUGCGAGUUGGGGCAGCAGCUGGACCAGGGGAAGGCCCAGUGUGAGGGUCUGCUGAGGGCCGACCGCCUGGCCGUGGAGCAGUACUUCCAGGAGCUGGAGCUCACUCUGCGCAGGAAGAAGGAGGCCUGCCUGGUGGCCCUGGAGGCGGCCAGCGCUGACGUGGACCGGGCCUAUAACCCGCUGAUCGUGUCGGCCCGGAGCCUGGCGGAGGAGCACUGCGACCUCUUGACCCUGGGGGCGUCGGUCCAGGAGGAAGACCGGCCGCUGGAGUUCCUGGAGCAGGUGCAUCUGCUCCGAGAGAGGGUGGAGAGGCUGACGGCGCUCCCCCUGCCCCCUGCCGCGGCCCCCUCCGUCGCCCCCCGUGCUGGGGACUUCCUCCGGGAGCGCUGGGCCCUGGUGGGCCUCGGGGCGCUGGGCGAGGCGCCCGUACCCUGGGUGGGCUGCGGACCUCAGGGGGAGGGGGCCGAGGCCGGUCCAGCUGCUACUACUGGUGGUACUGGUGGUACUGAAGGUACUGGUGGUACUGGUGGUUCUCAGGGUACUGGAGGUACUGAGGGUCUGGAUCAAGGGGGUCCGGUAAGUUUGCGCAUCCGCCUGUGUCUGGUUGGGGUGUUUUUGCUGGUGGUGGUGCCGCUGAUAUCCCUGGCAGCCUAUUUGAGUUUCAUCACCGGCCUGUGGGAAUUUUUGAGGACUGGAGUGACCUGGCCGAUGGUCGUCAAGGUGUAUACGCAGAUCCAGAGAACCAUGGAGGUCCUUCUGCAGGCGGUGGACUCCUUCCUGGAUAGACUCCUCCUUCCUGGAUAGACUCCUCCUUCAUGAUGACUUCUCAACCUCUGUCCUCACUGCACGGUUGGGGUAGUGUAUGGAGUUGGAAUCAUGCCAAAACCCUGCACACACGCAAAAGCGUGUGUGCGGGGUUUUGGCAUGAUUCUAACUCCAUAGUAGUGUCACUGGGCGCUAGUGGUUCAACGGUUCACGGGUUUUCCGUGAUCCGCACGGAUCAACCCUCACGGUUCGGGAUGCAAGUGAUCCGCGGAUCGGCUGAUAAAAAAAAAAGUUGUGCGUUCACGUGAUCAGCGCAUGUUUAAAGGACAAUGCCGGUAUCAACAACAUCAUCAAGUAUCGCAGCGAAAUACAGUUAACGGAAACCGGAACCGGGCAUGUUUAUGUUUGGUUGUAGUCUUUUCGCUCGGUUCCGAAUCGUGAGUUUUGUGAUCCGUUGCACCCCUGCUGGGCGCUGAAGAGAACCUCUAAAGGAGUUCACUCAGAAGGACUUUUGAGAAUUGCAGAAACUGCAGAACAAUAGAAAAGUUUUUAUUAUAUCCGUCGACAUGUCACAGUAACACGUGUUUAAAUAUGUAAAUAAUCCAUAAUAAAUCAUUUAGCUGGAUCUGCCAUUUCUUCAUACAUCACGUGUAAUUAAAGAUUCAAGGAGGUGGUUUGAUAGUUUAAAACCCUGACAUACUGAAGUCCUCUUUGUGGGUAUAUAUUUUACCUAUAUUUCUUUUAAAUAUUUGUAUAUAUAUUUGAUAUUAUAUAUCAAUAUAAAAAAAUAGACAAAUGUUUAUCAUUUAUAUAUAUAUUUGUUUAUAAAUUUAAAUGUAUAUAUUUUUUAAGAUUAUAUAUUAUAAAAAUAUAUACAUCAAUAUAUAUUUUGUUAUAUAUAGCCUAUUAAAGAAUUAUGAAGGUUAAGCAAAGUGAUAUGUAGAAUGUGAGUUUGGACUACAGCUCUGCCCUGGUUGGGGGCAGUCAUACAGUGAGGUGUGUGAAACUAGGCACGUGCUUAUGUAAUGUGUAACACUGCUAGGAUGGCACCGCACACUACCUGUCCAGUGGCCUCUGCAUGCACUGCCUUACACACGUGUGCCUUGGUGCAACGCUCUGCCUUAAUCUCCAUGUAUAAGCUCAAUGCCUUUAAUGAAGUAAACUGUGUGGAAACCAUGUAGAUGUGGGGAUUGUGGGACCAUUUGGAUAUGGAGGCGUGAGGAAUCCAUUACUCCAGUUCAUAUUUUAUAUGUCGAUUAAAAACCUAAUAAACGUUUAUUUGUACCAGA